AUGGUUUAUUUCAUAUUUAAAUCAAGAAGUGAGUUUCGAAAUAGUCGAAAAAAUAUUUUAAUAUUUUUCUUUCGAUUAUUGAGUAUAAUUGCAUUUAUUCUAACUUGGAGUUAUUUUAUUUUUCUAUGUCUAUUACAUUUCAAAACAAAUAAUAAUUCUUCACAAAACCUUUCAAAACAACAACAAGAACAGCCAUGUCGAAUACAAUCUCCAGAAUCUAUAAAAAUUGAUUAUAAUAAUAUUUAUUGGCAACGUUUUCAAUCAUCAAAUGGAACAUUUUUCUUUUAUAAUGCGUUUUAUGAUGAUCGAAUACUUAAUGGCGAAUUAUCAACAAUAAGAAUACUUUCUAUGAUUGAUCGAAUAUCACCUAUUAAAAUCUAUUGUCGAAUUUGGUUUUCAAAUAGUUCAAAUUCAAUAAUAACAUUAGCUGAUUAUCAUUAUAUUUGGAGUCGACAAUGGGGAAAUUAUGAAGAUAAAAUUCUUCAACCAUUUUUAAUAAAUUGUCCAUUUCCUAGACAAAAACAUCUUCAACCCUAUUUCGUUUCAUUAUUUGAAAAGAAUUGUACAGCAAUAACAAAUAAUCUUCAAAUUAUAAAUAAUCGUCCAUUGGAUAAAAACAAACAAUCAUUUGCUGUUUGUGUUAAAGGUUUAGAAUUUCUUCAUGAUGAUUUAAGUAUUCGAUUAAUUGAAUGGAUUGAAUUAUUAAAUAUUUUAGGUGUUAAAAAAAUUUUUUUUUAUGAAUUCGAUAUUCAUCCAAAUAUGAGUAAAGUUCUUCAAUAUUAUCAAAACGAAACAAAAUUAGUUCAUGUACAAAAAUUAUCUUUACCUGGUUCACAACCAAAUUCACCAUUAGAAAGAAAAAAAUAUUUACAACAAAAAAUAAUUCAUCGACGUCAAAAUGAAAUUAUUCCAUAUAAUGAUUGCUAUUAUAAAAAUAUGUAUCUUUAG